UUGACAGUCCUCACAGAGAAAAAUAUAUUUGUCAGGUUUUUGAGAGUUAUUGGCUCAGACCAAAACUCUGAAUUUUUUUUUUUACAAGUGUUUUUCUAUCUCAUGAUGUCCGCACAUAAAGAGAGACAUGGUUAACACGUCAACAGACGUAGGUGUUAAUCUUCAGAGCCAUGGAAAAGCAGACCAUUGUCUUCUGCGCCUUUACGACAUACACAUUUGUUUACGCGCUGAACCACGCCUGGGGCAUUCAAAGGUUCAAAGGCCUUCACCUUUUCACGCCUCCAUCAACAUAUUAUUCCUCCUGCGUUCUGAGGAUUUAUGUGGUGAAAUGAAUAUGUACUAAAUUAAAGACCUUAUGUCGCACAUGUUUUUCUGCUGCUUUCAUCUGUUAUGUACGUGUACAAAUGUAUCAUUUUCAUGCCGCUACAUUCAUCUGAACUCUUUUCUUAACUUUUUCUUAGCUGGCGUUUAACCACAAAACCAAAGAAGGUUUUGCUCUUCACACUUUGUGAGUGAAGAAGAAUCUUGAGUUUAACUUGGUAGUAAGGAAAGCUGUAAAUAAGUCUGCUUAUCCGCCUGUGGAUAAAAACCACACCUCUCAGUCUGGCCUUUGUCAAAUCAAACCAAGUCAAAUGAAUGUUUUGACCUUCUCAGCUCCCGUCACUGUCCACUGUAGGGUUCUGUUGUUUGUGGAGAGUCUCUGAUGGUAGCACUUCAUAAUCUUAUCGAUGGUCUUUGGACAAUCGAGGUCGUCAGGGAUCAGAAUGCAACAGGAUUUGACACAAGAACCACAACAAGUCUAAUACUUAACAGAGAGAAGACAACAUAAAGAUAAAGACAUGGAACAUGGUGAUGUGUGUGACUGGCUAUUUCUGCUGCCUAAAUAUAGUGUCAAUAUGAGCCAUGACAGUGUGAUGCCGACUGGGUCGCUCUUUCUAAGUAGCUACCUGUGCUAAUCCACUUAAGCUCGUGAUGCUUCUCUAAAUCCAUCCAAUCUGUUGAGUCCCUCAUUUAACAACCUCACUCAAUGAAUCUGGGUCAAUAGAUGUGACUGCUGCUGUGUGUGAUGAACAAAACCAGCAGAAUUUUCCAUCUUUAAAGAGUUGUUUUAACAAGAGCAUUUUGAAGAUUUUAUCAACGUUCCCAGAUGACAGCUUGGAGCCACAAGGAGGUUUGAGGAUUUUGCAGAGAAAAUGGAGCAUCAAGACCACACGAAAAGCAGCUGGAGAGAAUAUUUGUGCAGUCAAACCCAGGCAGAGCUUGGUGCGACGGCGAACUGGCCUGCGAUCGGUGGUGAGGUAAAAAGCAGCAAUGCACAGCUGGACGAACAGGCACAUCUAUACUGCAACUUCUGGACUGAUUCUGAACCAGCAAGAGUCAAGAACUGGACCAGCAGAUCAUUUGCCAUGGAUGCUAGAUUAAGACUUGAUAGUCUGAAGUCUGGGUGUAAUUCACCUCAUCCCUGGGGUAACUCGGACAACUCUUUAUACUACUAUGACAGUGAAAAAGACCUCUGGAAUGGCGGAGACGUAGAGGAAGAGCAGUCUGCUUUGGACGUGGUGGAGAUCCUUGAUAUGGAGGAAAGCAUAGGAGAUGAAGAGAGCUGGUUAUAUGAGCCUCCGAAUAGGCCGUCGUUCGAAGAGAGGGAGUCUGCUCUCAGGUGGUGUCGACACGUUCUGGAUAACCCCAGCCCCGAGAUGGAGGCUGCCCGUCGUGGGCUGAUGAACAAGCUGGAUCCAAGAUCAAGAUAUUACUUCUGCAGACAUGCAGCAGUUUCCACUCAUUCCCAGAGUGUCUCCUUGGGUUUCGCUCAGGACAAAACAUCAGUCAACACAUCAUUCAAUGACCCUGACAGCUUAGAUCACGCUAAGGUGACCCACCCUGAUGACUUCAUAACCACAAGCUACAGACUACAGGAUAUAACAGAUGUCCACAUAAUGGCCAGAAUACAGGAAGACAGUUUAAGACAGGACUAUAUUUCCAUGCCUGCUGCAGCUGCCUUGAGGAGAAACUCAGACUCGUUUUCCUCAUUUUUAAAUACCGAGGCUGACCAUGCUGGUGACUCCAGUUCCAGAAAUAAAAACACUGCUCCAGACUCUGCCUGCAGGCCCGGUCUGACAGCUGCAGGCUCUUCCAGCUGCAAGUUACCAACGCCAAUGGCUAAGCAGGGCGGCCAAAGCCCAAAACUGACCAAACUUCACCAGCAAGUAACCCAGUUCAAGCUGCUGAGGCUUGCCCAGAAUAAAGCAUCGCCAGGCAGGAUGAGGGCACCUCUGCAGACAAGCCUGCGCUCUCUCCAGGCUGUCAGGAACAGUAGAAGCUUAGAGGUUGAUGUCAGCCAACCUGCUGCCCACAGCAACCACCAUCCCCCAGUUGUUCCAUCUUCCACAACAGCGUCAAGCCGUGCCGCAUAUCUGAACUCCAGCGACGUCGCCAGCUUAAUGAGAGAAUCCCCAGACAGAAUAACGGCGGUGAAAAGACCGCAGAGAUCCCAGUCCCUCAGUCCCAGCAGGAUUGCUCACCCUUCCAAGGGAUACCUGUCUGUUCGUGGGCGAGUUUUUGCCUCGCCAGACAGGGUGUCCACUGCGGCCUGGGGCAGGCAUGCCUCAUCCAUUCAAAGGUGAAAAAUUUCACUGGGAAAUCCCCAUUAGACAAACUAAUGAGGAAGAACACUAAAAGUGGCUUAAAAAUGUAUUUGUACUGUUUAAAACUUUAUCACAUUUGUCACACUGCAACUUCAAACCUCAAUGUGUUUUAUGUGACUAACACAAGGUAGUGCAUAGCUGGGAAGUAGAA